UUUUCAUUUUCUCCGCAACCAAACAAAAUCCAUCUCUCUAGAAUAUUCGCAUACAAUUUCUCUUCUUUCUUCUUCAUCACCUAAAUUAUACACACAAACAAAAAUGUUCACUCACCAUCUCUAAUUUCGCCGGAAUCUGACGUCAUCAUAUGGCUACUCUUUUGCCGUCACCGGACAUUUCUUCAUUCUCCGCCGGACGAAUACACCUAAAGAAACUGGUGCUACGAAGAAGAGUUGUUAAGGUCUGUUCGAGUGUGAAGGAUUUGGAGGAUGUUGGAUUGUUGUACGGACAAUUUUCUGCUCCGUUGAAGGUUAAUACGAUGUCGUCUUCCAAAAUUGAUAAGGAGGAAGAGCAGAAGAGGAAUUACUAUCUGAAUACGGGUUCUGCUAUUCGGAUUCUCAGAGAAGAGUUUCCAGCGCUAUUUUAUAAGGAGCCCAACUUUGAUAUCUACAGGGAUGAUAUAGUCUUCAAAGAUCCCCUCAACACCUUUACUGGCAUUGAGAAUUAUAAAUCGAUCUUUUGGGCUUUACGAUUUCAUGGCAGGAUAUUCUUUAGGGCUUUGUGGAUAGACAUUGUUAGUGUAUGGCAGCCGGUGGAAGGCAUGAUCAUGAUCCGAUGGACUGUUCAUGGCAUUCCCCGUGUUCCAUGGGAAAGCCGUGGUCGAUUUGAUGGCACUUCAGAGUAUAAACUAGACAAAGAUGGAAAGAUUUAUGAACACCGCGUUCACAACAUUGCACUAAAGGGACCCCCAAAGUUCCAUGUACUUGCUGUACAGGAAUUAAUUGGAUAUAUUAGCCGUCCCUCCACGCCAAAGCCUACUUUCUUUAAGAUCUCAUUCCCUUACUUUGUUAACACAAUGCCAGUGGCGAAAUUUGCAGAUACAGACAUCGCCUUGGUUCAAUUUUCAGCCUCUGUUAAUGAGAGGUGAAGAGGAACAAUCACAGCAAGAAACAGCAUUGUGACAAAGUGCUAAAAGUUUUGAUCAAUCCUCGCAGUGGGUUGCAAACUUGCAUCAGAACUAUAGGUAUUUAUUCAUAUACAUUAUAUACAACGUUUUCAGGAUCAGCUCUACGUAUCUGGAGUUCAUUCUCGUCUUUCUGGGUUUUACUUAUCAGUGUUUUGUUCUUCAUUUUGAACUCCAGCUACUGACUUGGGCUAGAAAUUUUUACAGGUGUAUAUUUUUGUAUAGUAUAUCUUACUACUGAGUUUGCAGUUAUUAUCUGGCUGAAUAUGUUCAACACAAUUUAUAAUGAAA